CAAAAUCGGCUUGUUUUCAUCGUCGUUCGCGUUCGCGUCUUUCGUUCCGGGAACGUUUGCUUGAAAUUUCUUUUUCUAAAGUGAUCAAAAUCCGGCUGCAAAAAUGUCGUUCAAGGGUUCGAAAGUGCAAAAGGUGAUGGUUCAACCCAUCAACUUGAUUUUCCGCUAUCUCCAGAAUCGGUCUCGGGUUCAGGUGUGGCUCUACGAGAACACUCAUCUACGGAUAGAAGGACACAUCGUCGGAUUCGAUGAGUACAUGAACCUGGUGCUGGACGAAUCCGAAGAGUACAACAUCAAGAAGCAGAGCCGACGUCCGCUGGGACGAAUAAUGCUCAAGGGGGACAACAUCACACUCAUCCAGAACGUGCAGACAAACUGAGCCAGGCCAGAAAGCGGGAAAUCUUCCUAACAUUGAAUUUUACGAUUAACUUAAUUUGCUUAAUUUCAUAUUUCAUACAAUGAUAAGAUUGUCUCAUUAGAAGUGUGAACUUUUCAGAGUACGAUGAACGAACUCUUAGUGUAAGCUGUGAGCCACUGCUGUAAAGUAUGAAUAAAUGGGAACUAAACGAAA